AUGGACCAUCUCGCGGGCGAAGAGGAAGGGCAUUCGACACCCCGCCCUUCGAACCGAAUUCAACGGGGUCUAUUGCCACAGCUUCGCGAUGAUGACGAUGACGAACGGCCUCGACACCACCUUGAGAUGGCGACGACGAUGACGAUGUCCGCACCGACGACGACAGGCUCGUCAAGUGCUCUGGUGGCUUCGACCAGCGGCUCAAAUCGCUUCGCAGAGAGUCUCGAGCAACUUCCUCCUUCACGUGAAGCUUACCCGUCUGCGAGAAGGAACACGGCACGACCACUCUCAAGAAGACAAGUGCAAGUGCUGCAACAAGUCGAAGUGACCAGACCGUAGUUGACCCUGGGAGAUGGACUUGUUGGACUUGUGAUGACCCUACAGACUGUUGCAGAAGGCUCGAGCACUUGAGGAUGCUGGAUCACCACUGGAUGUGUCCUCAACUUCCCUGCCUAAGGACGACCCCAAGAUCAAGGAGGUGCGUCCCACAUGUGCCGUCGAUGGCCUCCGCCCCCACUUGAGCGUUGGCCUCAGGGAGUGCCGAGCUUGCGGCAGGGAGAUGUAUUCGUCGCUGACAAGCACAUCGCAUUAUCCUCCCCCACAGGACAUCCUCCGACUGAUAGAACAGUACCUCAGCGAGGAAGGCUACAUGGCGACCAAGUUGGUCCUGCACGACGAAGCCAACCUCAAAGCCAAAGAAAAGGGCGAGCGCCAAGUACAGACCAGGAACCUCAAGCGAGCCAUAUUGGGUGGGACUUUCUCGAACUGAUGUUUGCAUUGGGCAUAGCCAUGUAUACUGAUGGCCUCCGUGAUUGACAGAGGGGGACUGGGCCGAAGUCGAUCAAAUCGUUAGUAAAGGGCCGCUCGUCAGGACCCAGAAUGCUCUGCUCUAUUCUCUUUACCGCCAACGUGAAUCAAUCCACGCGAUUUCUGUGCGAGUGUUGCCUGGUUGCUGACAAUGUUUAUGCAUGUGAUGCGAUAGAAUUCCUUGAACGUGAGCCAGCCCUCAACCAUACAGAGCUCUGAGCCGCCUUUUUUUUUUUUUUUUUUUUUUUUUUUUUUUUGGGGCAAUACUGAUGCGGACUUCGACCCCUACACCCUUUGCAGAUAUCGAAUAUCGCGAGCUGCAAAAGGUGCGUCCGCGGAGCUAUGAGCCCUGAGCUCUCAUUAGACCCAGGCUGACGAGUCCCCUCCACUUCCGUCAGGCCUUCACCCUACUCAACAAGCGCCUCAAACCCCUUGAGCACUAUCAACCGACCCCUGCCGACUUCAAGGACUUGUGCUAUCUGCUUUCUGCCAAAUCCGUUCACGACGCUCCUUCCUUCAAAGCAUGGGAAGGGGUCAGCUCUGCGCGCGAGAAGCUCUGUGAUGUGCUUGAGCAGAUGGUCGAAAGAGAGCGGGAUGAGAAAGAGGAAGGUGUGUUUUGACGUUCGACACUUCAUGAACUUCAUGAAGGCCCGAGAAUGCUCAUCCCGAAUCCGUGCUACAGAGAGUGCAUACGUCCCACCCGGGCGCCUUGUGACGAUGCUCGAACAAGCCGUCUCGUUCCAGCUCGAGCUGUCUCGAUUUCGACCUCGGCAGGCUCCUGUCAUACGCACGUGAGUGCGCAGCCCGGAAGAACCGUGAUGCUGUUCGUCGACUGACACGCACCGGUUUUGACAUCGUCAAAGUCUCUUGAAAGAUUACACCCCUUUUGUCGUGCCGAACGCUGUCGCAUGCACGUUUGAAGGCCACCGCGCGAACGUCAAAUCCGUACGAUUCAUCGGGGCCGAGGGGGCACAACUCGUUUCGGGCUCGUCCGACAACUCGGUGCGAGUAUGGGAGACACAUUCGGCGCGUUGUCUGGCGGUUUAUACGGGUCACCGGAGUCGGGUAUGGGAUGUUGACGCGACGCAGGAUGGAGAGCGGCUACUGAGUGCGAGUGGGGACAAGACGGUCAAGGUGUGGGAUUGGCGGAACGAGGUUGAAGCGGAGCGAUGCGUGACGACGUUGGAAGGGAAUCAUGGUGAUGUUUACUCGGCACGGUGGCACCCUAGUGGAGUGAGUGGGACCGAGAAAGCACGUUUGACCUAGGUGCCUGGAGCUGAUCCUCUGUCGUUGGGCCCACAGCAACAUCUUGUCACGGGUGGAUAUGACAAGAUCGUUCGACUAUUCGAUGUCGAAACGGGGACGAUACUCAAAACCUUCACUGGUAAGCCGGACAUCAAUGUCUCUUUAGAAGCUACUGACUGAACGUCUCUGGUGCUUCGCACGUGCAGGCCACUCGCUCUCAAUCUCAUCAGUCAUGUUCAACCCCUUGGGCAACCUCAUCGUCAGCGGGUCCAAGGACUCGAACGUGCGCUUCUGGGAUUCUGUCUCAGGCCUGUGUAUCCGAACGCUCAAUGCCCAGCUUGGAGAGGUCACGUCCGUCGAUAUGAGUGAUUCGUAUCUGCUCACUUCGUCGAGGGAUAACUCGGUGCGAUUGUGGGAUGUUAGGAUGGUGAGUGGAGAGUCAGCCGCAUACGGGCUCGGUGAAUAUCUAUCUGACGCAGGAAAAUCUCUUCUGGACAGCUACGGCCCUUGAAACGCUUUAAAGCCCAUUCCAACACAUCACACAACUUCGUUCGAGCGUCGUUCGCGCACGCGAGUCUGCUCGUGUCCGGAUCCGAAGAUGGCGUUUUGUACAUGUGGGAUCGGGAGAGUUCGGAGGUGUUGCAAACGCUCGAAGGACACCGUGGGAUCGUGUACGGCGCGGUGUGGAAUGAUAAGCAGAGCUUGUUGGCGAGUCAUGGAUCGGAUGGGCUAAUUCGGACGUGGGAGUACGAUGAAAGGCAAGAGUUUGAGUUUGAGGAGGGGGCGUCAUGA